UUAGGCUUCCCCUUCACACUACACAAACCACCGUAUCUACUGCGUCCUCUCAAGGCGGGACACAGUAUUCGGUCAGCGUCACGCACGCAGAAGUACGGGACGAACGAAGCACAAGAUUGCGGAAGAGUACUUUAUUUUGUUUAUUUUUUUUUUUUUUGCUUGUCGUCGUCGGCGGCGGCGGUCGGCUAUCUGUCGCGACAUCUGACUGUCGCGACAUCUGGCUUCCUGCAACAGAGGCGGCGCGGUGCAGACAGUCUCGCCCCCAGUGCUCCGCCUGCGGAAACCCGUCAUCGUCACCACGGCUUCCCCUGCAGGCACGAGAAACCAUCGUUCGCGAGAUGGGAAUGCAAUGGAACCUGAUGUUACUUGCGUGGCUCCUGGAGUUGAAGGUACACAGGUGCCUGUUAUCUUCGGAUCCUUACGCCGACGUGCCGGACAUCGUGCGGCUGCACGGCUACCCGGUGGAGACGCACGCCGUGGUCACGGCCGACGGCUACGUGCUGACCUUGCACCGCCUGCCGGCGAGGAGGGCGAGGGGGGCGAGGAGGGCGCCGGUGCUGCUGCAGCACGGGCUACUGGACAGCUCCGCCUGCUUCGCCGUCAACGGUCCCCGCCAGAGCCUCGCGUACGUGCUGUGGGGCAGAGGCUACGACGUGUGGCUGUCCAACAGCCGAGGCAACUACUACUCCACGGGCCACGUCAACCUCACCAGGGACAACCCCAGAUACUGGAGCUUCAGUUUUCAAGAGAUGGGAAUCUAUGACGAGCCAGCCAUCAUAGACUACGUUCUGAAGAUCACCCGACAUCCCAAACUGAUCUACGUGGCCCACUCGAUGGGGGCGGCCAUAUUCUUCGCCAUGAUGAACUUCAGACCCGAGUACAACGCCAAGCUAACGGCAGCCUUUCUUCUGGCCCCCGCCUGCUUUUGUCGAUACACCAAGAGUUUCGUGUUCAGGUUCCUACCGCAGGCCAUAUACAUCAAAAAAGCUGCCUUGAACUCCGUGGGAAUUUACGAAGUGUUGCCAAGGCUGCCCCUCUGGCAAGACCUGGCGGCGAAGCUCUGCUCCGACAUGAACCCGAUACUCCAACUGCUGUGCACUUCGACGCUGUCCUCCAUAGAAGGCUCCAGCCCGGACAACAUAAACAAGACACAACUGGUAAUCAAUUUCAGCCAUUUCCCUGCUGGAGCAUCCAUCCAGACCAUCGCUCAUUAUGGUCAGAUUAUGUUAUCAGGUAACUUCAAUGAGUAUGACUACGGGAUUGAAGAAAACAGAGCAUUCUAUGAAGAGGGGCAACCAAAGGCCUACAGACUGCAUCACGUCACAAUUCCCGUAAUAAUGUACUGUGGGGGGAAAGACCUGUUGUCGGACUGCGAGGAUAUCAAACAUCUGUAUACUCAGCUGGUCAAUUCAGAAGAUAAAUACUUCAUCUUCUUGAAAGAGUAUGCACAUGUCGAUUUCAUUUGGGGAAUGGACGCCAGGAGUUACUUGUACAAAGAUCUUGUCGCCAGAAUGGAUUCGCACAUGACCAAGCAUCUACAAACAAGAUUUUAUGUCUCUUAGCAUACAUCAUACUAAUGUGACGGAAAUGUUACCGUCAUACAAACAUUUUGAAACGCACAUAUCUUAACUAAAGAUAAUAUUUUCCUUUCAAGUAGGGACUAUACAUGAGAAUAAACACUACCAAAGAUAUGUUUUAUAUUUUAAAAUUUACAGAUUUGUUGUUAUGUAAGUGUAAUAGGUACUUCACAAAAUAUAUCUAAAAUACAUGUCUAAACUGUAAGUAUAUACAAAGGACAUUUAGAGGACAAAAAUGUCAAUGCACAUUAGGUCCAAAAAUGCUUUUGUUAAUCACUAAGAGUCAUUACAGUGUACGAGACACACUGGAUCCCUCUUAUGUGGAAUGCCACACCAACAAGCAAGAUACACAACUAAACAUGUGCAUGGAUAGUAUAAUGAACAUACAAACAACUUUGUAUUGAAAUUAUAAGUUUAAUUUACUAAUACACUUUUGCAAAUUUACUAAAAUACUACAAAUAAAAUUAUGUGUUUGUACUUAAAAUGUUUGUACCUCACUGAUCUAUUCUGUGAAUAUGUAUUGAGAGGCAAAACUGUUGAAGUUUACGCUAAUAUUAAUUUUUUAUAUUAAAAAGAACAUAGCUUA